AUGGCGGCGUCGUGCUCUGGCGGCCUCACGCAGCUGCUCCUGAGGACUCGAAGACCCACUGUCUUGAGCCGCGCGGCGCUGCACAAACGGGACACCUGCAUCUGUGGAGCUUCGCGAAAGAAGGACAGUGAGCCGGUCCCCGAAGGCCUCUUUCAAAAGCAGAUCAAUGCAGUGCGUAGGCAAGUACCAGUGUUAGUGCGCACACGCCUGUUUCCCCGUUUGUUGAAUGAAUGCUUUGCAGAGGUGUGA